CGGAUCAUUUCCCAAUUCGCUACACCGCCAUGUCGACGACGAAAACCUACCAGAUCGCAGUCCUGCCCGGCGAUGGCAUUGGCCCCGAGGUCUGCGCCGAAGCCGUCCGCGUGCUCCAGACCAUCGGCGGCCUCUUCAAGCACCAGUUCGCGUUCCCGACCGCGCUCUGUGGCGGUGCUGCGUACGAAGCCCAUGGCUCGCACCUCCCGCAGGCAACGAUCGACCUUGUCAAGGCCUGCGACGCCGUGCUCUUUGGCUCUGUUGGCGGGCCCACGGAUGCCCAAGAAGACCCCAAGUGGAAGGAUGCGGAGAAGAACUGUAUCCUGGGCCUGCGCAAGAACUUCAACCUCGCCGUCAACAUUCGCCCGGCCAAGAUCUACUCGAUGCUGCCGGACCUCUCGCCGCUCAAGCCGAGCCUCGUGCAGGCCGGCGUCGACAUGGUCAUCGUGCGCGAGCUUGUCUCGGGCAUCUACUUUGGCGAGCACUCGACGACCAACGGCGUCGCGCGCGAUGUCAUGAUCUACACCGAAGACGAAAUUCGCGUCCCCGUCACCUUUGCGUUCGAGACUGCGCGCCACCGCGCCAAGCGACUCACGGUCGUCGACAAGGCCAACGUGCUCGACUGCAGUCGUCUCUGGCGCAAGGUCACCAAGGAAAUCGCGACCGCGUACCCGGACGUGGCCGUCGACUACAUGUACAUUGACAACGCCGUCAUGCAGCUCAUCAAGAACCCGUCCCAGUUUGACGUGAUUGUCACGGGCAACAUGUUUGGCGACAUCCUCUCGGACGCGGCGUCCGUCCUGCCGGGGUCCCUCGGCCUCAUGCCGUCGGCCAGCCUCGGCGACAAGAUCCACCUCUUUGAGCCCAUUGGCGGGUCGGCGCCCGACAUUGCCGGCAAGGGCAUUGCGAACCCGAUUGCGCAGAUCCUCUCAGGCGCGCUUCUGCUGCGCUACUCGUUCAAGAUGGAGGCCGAGGCCGCGCUCAUCGAGGCCGCGGUCAACGCCGUGCUUGAAAGCGGUCUCCGCACUGGCGAUUUGACGCGAGACCGGACACACGCCGUGGGCACCAAGGCCAUGGGCGAUGCGAUCGUCGCACGCAUCACCGCGCUCUUCCAAGCGCCUCACUAACGCGUAACAACCUAUUUGUGCU